AUGGAAAUUGUAAAGACUGAUUUGAGGAAUAAGAUGGGGAGUGACUGGCUCAAUCAUAGGAUGUCCUGUCGUGAGCAAAGUUCCGCCACUGGCCCCAAGGGCACCCUCUUCCCCAUGUGCGGCAUGAACCUCGCCUUCGACCGCGACCUCAUCGGCCCCGCCAUGUACUUCGGCCUCAUGGGCGACGGCCAGCCCAUUGGACGCUACGACGACAUGUGGGCUGGAUGGUGUGUCAAGGUCAUCUGCGAUCACCUGGGUUUGGGCGUUAAGACAGGGUUGCCCUACAUCUGGCACAGCAAGGCCAGCAACCCGUUCGUAAACCUCAAGAAGGAGUACAAGGGCAUCUUCUGGCAGGAGGACACCAUCCCCUUCUUCCAGGCCGUCGUGCUGCCCAAGGACUGCGACAUCGCGCUCUCGCAACAGGUCAAGGAGAAGCUCGGCAAGGUCGACCCCUACUUCACCAAGCUCGCCGACGCCAUGGUCACCUGGAUCAAGGCCUGGGACUCGCUUAACGCCGCCAACGGCAAGCCCAAGAAGUGA